GCUGAACCUGGCACCUGGGGUCGCGCACGCCACCUCCGCGAGCCGGGCCCCAGGGCCCCCUGGCCCCCUGGCCGCGCGCGCUCCGCGCCUCCUCCCCGCCGGCGGGCGCGCGCGCUGGCUCCCGCUCGCGCUGGCAGCGGCAGCGGCGGGGAUUGUUUUUGUUGUCGCUGAGGCCGGAAGAGCCGCGGGAGCCGGUCCCCGUGCCCGGGCCGGGCGCCGCCGCCGCCCCCUGCCCAGCGCCCGCAUCUCCGCGGCGCCCCCCCAGCGCCAAUAUUCCGGAGAGCAAGCGUUACGCGGCGGCGGCGGCGGCGGCGGGGCCCGGAGCGGGAGGCGCCGGGGACCGGGGCGAGGCGGCCCCGGCCGCCGCCAUGGAGGCACUGGGACCCGGACCGCCAACCAGCCUGUUCCAACCACCUCGUCGUCCUGGCCUUGGAACUGUUGGAAAACCAAUUCGACUGUUAGCCAAUCAUUUUCAGGUUCAGAUUCCUAAAAUAGAUGUUUAUCACUAUGAUGUGGAUAUUAAACCAGAAAAAAGACCUCGAAGAGUCAACCGGGAGGUAGUAGAUACAAUGGUGCGGCACUUCAAGAUGCAAAUAUUUGGUGAUCGGCAGCCUGGCUAUGAUGGUAAAAGAAACAUGUACACAGCACAUCCACUGCCAAUUGGACGAGACAGGGUUGAUAUGGAAGUGACCCUUCCAGGUGAGGGCAAAGACCAAACCUUUAAAGUAUCUGUUCAGUGGGUAUCAGUUGUGAGCCUUCAGUUGCUGUUAGAAGCUUUGGCCGGGCACUUGAAUGAAGUCCCAGAUGACUCAGUUCAGGCUCUUGAUGUUAUCACAAGACACCUUCCCUCCAUGAGGUACACCCCAGUGGGCCGUUCCUUUUUCUCACCUCCUGAAGGUUACUACCACCCUCUGGGAGGGGGCAGGGAGGUCUGGUUUGGCUUUCAUCAGUCUGUGAGGCCUGCCAUGUGGAAUAUGAUGCUCAAUAUUGAUGUAUCUGCAACUGCUUUCUACCGGGCUCAGCCUAUCAUUGAGUUCAUGUGUGAAGUUUUGGAUAUUCAGAACAUCAAUGAACAGACCAAACCUCUAACAGACUCCCAGCGUGUCAAGUUUACCAAAGAAAUCAGAGGUCUUAAAGUUGAAGUCACUCACUGUGGACAGAUGAAACGAAAAUAUCGAGUUUGUAAUGUUACUAGACGACCAGCCAGUCAUCAAACUUUUCCUUUACAGCUAGAAAAUGGCCAAGCCAUGGAAUGUACAGUAGCUCAAUAUUUCAAGCAAAAGUAUAGUCUGCAGUUGAAAUACCCUCAUCUUCCCUGUCUCCAAGUGGGACAAGAACAAAAACAUACAUACUUGCCACUUGAGGUCUGUAAUAUAGUGGCAGGACAACGAUGUAUAAAGAAGCUUACAGACAAUCAGACUUCCACGAUGAUCAAAGCCACAGCAAGAUCUGCUCCUGACAGGCAGGAAGAAAUCAGUAGACUGGUGAAGAGUAACAGCAUGGUGGGUGGACCUGAUCCAUACCUUAAAGAAUUUGGUAUUGUUGUCCACAAUGAAAUGACAGAGCUCACAGGCAGGGUACUUCCAGCACCAAUGUUGCAAUACGGAGGCCGGAAUAAAACAGUAGCCACACCCAACCAGGGUGUCUGGGACAUGCGAGGAAAGCAGUUUUAUGCUGGCAUUGAAAUUAAAGUUUGGGCAGUUGCUUGUUUUGCGCCUCAGAAACAAUGUAGGGAAGAUUUACUAAAGAGUUUCACCGACCAGCUUCGUAAAAUCUCGAAGGAUGCAGGAAUGCCCAUCCAAGGUCAACCAUGUUUCUGCAAAUAUGCACAAGGUGCAGACAGUGUGGAGCCCAUGUUUAAACAUCUGAAAAUGACUUACGUGGGCCUACAGCUCAUAGUGGUUAUCUUACCUGGAAAGACACCAGUAUAUGCUGAAGUGAAGCGUGUUGGAGAUACCCUUCUGGGUAUGGCCACUCAGUGUGUUCAGGUAAAAAAUGUAGUGAAGACCUCACCCCAAACCCUUUCCAACCUUUGCCUGAAGAUAAAUGCAAAGCUUGGAGGAAUUAACAACGUGCUUGUACCUCAUCAAAGGCCCUCAGUAUUCCAGCAGCCCGUCAUCUUCCUGGGAGCAGAUGUCACACACCCCCCAGCAGGAGAUGGGAAGAAACCUUCCAUUGCUGCUGUGGUUGGCAGUAUGGAUGGCCACCCCAGCCGGUACUGUGCCACGGUUCGGGUGCAGACCUCCCGCCAGGAGAUCUCGCAGGAGCUCCUCUAUAGUCAGGAGGUAAUCCAAGACCUUACUAACAUGGUUCGAGAGUUGUUGAUCCAGUUCUACAAAUCCACACGCUUCAAACCCACAAGGAUCAUCUAUUACCGUGGAGGGGUAUCUGAGGGACAAAUGAAACAGGUAGCUUGGCCAGAACUAAUAGCAAUUCGAAAGGCAUGCAUUAGCUUGGAAGAAGAUUAUCGACCAGGAAUAACUUAUAUUGUGGUGCAGAAAAGACACCACACACGACUCUUCUGUGCAGAUAAAACAGAAAGGGUGGGGAAAAGUGGCAAUGUACCAGCAGGUACUACAGUGGAUAGCACCAUCACACAUCCUUCUGAGUUUGACUUUUACCUCUGUAGUCAUGCAGGAAUUCAGGGAACCAGCCGUCCUUCACAUUACCAGGUCCUGUGGGAUGACAACUGCUUCACCGCAGAUGAGCUCCAGCUGCUAACUUACCAGUUAUGCCACACCUAUGUGCGGUGCACACGCUCAGUCUCUAUUCCAGCUCCUGCAUAUUAUGCCCGACUUGUAGCAUUCAGGGCAAGGUAUCACCUGGUGGAUAAAGAUCAUGACAGUGCGGAAGGCAGCCAUGUGUCAGGACAGAGCAAUGGCCGAGAUCCUCAGGCCUUGGCUAAGGCUGUGCAGAUUCACCACGAUACUCAGCACACAAUGUAUUUCGCUUGAGAGCCUCAGAGGAAGAACUCAACCAGUUUGGCACCGCACGCAGUCUAAUCUUUCAAAUUCAUACUGCCUAUAGAGAGAACCAAGUUGACUUCAAAUGCUCUUCUACCAGCAGCUUGAAAUAGUCGCACUGAAUCUUUACUUCACAGCACUGUCUGAUGCAUCAACAAAAUUGAGCCAUUUUUUUCUUUCUUUCUCUCUUUCUCUCUCUCUCUCUUUCUUUCUUUCUUUCUUUUUUUUUUUUUUUAAGUAGUAGGUACUCAUAGGUUGUCUUUUCUGAUGCACUGGACCGAAUUUUUACCUCAUCAUGCAAAGACCGAUCAACCUGAAUUUUCUAAAGGUCUUUACAAGAAAAGUUUCUAUGGAAUAUUUUGCUUGCUGUGGUGUUCACCGCAUCCCUCUAGUCUUAUAAAAGAAGAUUAUUCACUUUAUCUGUCUUCAUCGAGUGAAGCGUAUAAAUAAGUGGGAGACAAAAACCAAACAAUCUACUUCUGUUCAGCGUUAACUAUUUAAUGAUGUGGGAAAAUCGACUUUUUACUGGAGAUUUCUGACUUCGCCACUGUUAAUGCCUUUAAUGAGCAUUGAUUUUUGAAAGUUUUACAGAGUUUUAUUAGUUUUACUACUUUACCUUAUUAAUCUCUCCAGACUUGUGCUGGUGCAAGUACAGGCUGCCAGGCAAUUGCACUAUAUUUGGCUGCUGAUUCAAACAGGCAGUUCUCUUACUUGGUUGACUUUUGUGAAUGUGUAACACAAACAGAUGUAAUGCAUGUCACUGUGACAGAUAACACUGCCAUGGUAAAAGUACUCAUGUUUCCCUCUCUUGAAAAGUAGCUUUUAGAAUUUUUCAAAGUUUUUAAAAGUGCCCAUUUUAUGCUGCUGUGUGGUUUGUUAGCUCUAAAUGAUUUUUAAACUUUUCUCAUAGAAAGUUAACUUUGGCAAUAAACAUUUUUUUAAGGUCCUUCCACUUCCCUCUGACAAUGAGGUUUUCUAGGUGAUAUUUCAGUAUGAUUUUAUCAACUAUUUCUUAUAGAUCACAACUAGUAGCAAUUUCUGAAACUGGUCAGAUAUGACAUAUAUUUCCAUACUUUUUAAAAGAAUUGUUAUAAUCUGUUUUAUAGUCACAAAUUGGUGUCCUGUUGUUUUGUUUUAAAAUAAGCUAGAACUAAGAUGCUUCCUUAUUGGAUUGACUUUGCCGAUCCUUAAGGUUCAUUAAGUAAUGCUGCAACUUAUAAAAAUGUACCAGCAUUUAAAACUCUUUUCCUCCUGGGAAUUAAGGUUACCCACACAAUUAUUUGCGGUGCACAUUUUUUUGUUUCCCCUUCAACCUGAAAUGUUUUGGUGGGGUUUCCUUCCUUUUGUUAAGUUAAAACUACAUAGUAGAGAUUAAUUUCUUUUAAAAGAUUCUGGAUUCUUCUCACACAGAAACAAGAUUACUUUAUUGUUUUAAAAAGGGGGGAGUUAAUAUAAAACAAACAUCAGUUAAAAUGUAAGGGAAGAAAGAGCUGGGGAGAUAGCACGGUGGUUUACAUGAUAGAUUUUCAUACCUGAGGAUCAGAAGUCCCAGGUUCAGUCCCCAGCACCAGCAUACUCCAGAGCUGAACUGUGCUCUGGCAAAAAUAAAUAAAGAAAAGAAAAGAAAAAAAAAAAGAAAGAAAGAAGGGAAGGAAAGAGAAAAAAAAGUAAGGAAAAAUGUAUUUUGUAUUUAGUGUAGAUAAUACUUUGUGAAUGGACAGCAGUUACAUAGUCUUGGUAUCCCAGUGUAUCCCGACCUGGGUUUUACUGGCUCGUAGUUCUUUAUCCUGGAAACUCAGGAACAAGAGCUGAAAAGAGGAGUAAAUGACCUGGAGCCGCACUCCACAUGACUGAGGGAAGAUGUUGGGGAGAGACAAACCCCAUGUGAUAAAAUGAGAUUUUUGUCACCUCUGAAUCCAAUGGUGAAGGAUGUUUGUUUGAACUCAUUAGCCAGUCCAAAUCUCUUAAACUAGCCUUCUCAAAAUCCCAGCAAUAUAAAGAAUUGUUUCUCUUCAGUUUUUAAAACAAGCUUGUAAAUACAUUGAGGUUUACAUUUACAUGUGCUGUUGAUCAGCAGCACCACCAAUGUUUGCUGAGACUGGUCUCCUGAGAGUUUUAUGAUGUAAAUGGAAUCUGAAUGCUCAUUAAGAUGAGUGCAGCAGACAUCCUUAAUUCUGCACAGAAUGAGGUGAAAGCAAGCUCUGGAAUUAAGGCACACUAUAGGCAGAAGUGAAGAGAUCACAUCUGUAAAUUUCUUGUUGUUUUUUUUUUUUUUUUUCAAGUACCUCACUUGGAUAGUACAAAUCAAGACAUGUUGGUGAGGAACUGGCUGCUGCUGUUAUUCAUGCUUGUUCAGGGAGAGCACAGAAAAUACCCUUCAGCAAAGCCACCCUGGACCCAAGAGGAGAACAAAAUAAAUGAAAGGGUUUUUUUGUUUGUUUGUUUGUUUUUUAAUGAGAAGAAGGACUCACUGGAGUCCAGGACAUGAAGAACUCUUGGUGACUGGCUGGCUGGCCAGCGGACACCAGACCUGCACUUGAGUGCCUCAGGCUUGCUUGAUAUUAAUGCACAGAGCACAAAAAGAGCGUCACUUCUCACCAUCCCCUGGUAUGUUUGGAGCAGGGAGCAAAGUAGAGUACCUGGAAGCCCUGAUUCACUUGCCUGCAGUUGGUUAUAAAUGGAACCUCAAACUAUACAGUACAACAACCUCAGUCACUCCUAGUACACUGGAGUUGACCAGUAUGGUGGUGGAGGAAAAGCCGGGAGGCCUAUUUUUAUACGAAAACAGAACCAUGACAGGUGUUGUGCUGUCGUUUUGAAUGAAAUUAAAGAAAUACGGACAAACUAGGAUUAUUGUGAAGAAAAAAAAAAGCUUGCUAUGGGGUGGCUCUCUUAGAGGUUAUCACUGCAGAAUCAGAGUUACAGCAAUACUAUUGCAAUCAAGUCUACAUGUUUGGUUUUAAUUUAAUUCGGCUUGACAAUUUGAAUAUGUAACCCCUUGGGGCUGACUGAAUCGUUAUGCAUGUGUCAAUCAAUGGGAGGUAUGCAUUCUCUAGAAGUAGUUUUUGGCUGUUUGGUUUUAUAAAAUGCAGCCUGUUUAGGCAUUGUCACGUGGUGUGAAAGAUUUAAAUGUAGCAAAGCUAAAGAGUACAAUUUGGGUUUAAGGAGCUGGGACAUAAAGAGAGUGGUAAAGACCCAAAUGUUGAACCAAUUAUGUUUUGUUCUUGUUGGUAGCUGUUGAAUCCUGAAUGGUUUAUAAAGUGAACUAGCUGACUUAAAUGCAGCCAGCGGUCUGGGCAGGCAAAACAUUUCGCUCUUACUGUAAAUUCUAUUUGCUGCUUCCAAAGGUAAUGAUUUACAAACAGAUAUGUUCUAGAUAGUUUGUAUUUUAGGAUCUGGUGCCCGGCCUAUAUCACAGUUUAUCUACCUGGCUCAACUACCUACCCUUCUUAAGGGAAAAGGUAAUCUACUAUUUAAUAAGACUCACCCUAGCCUCCCUGCCCUAGAGACCCUUUGUGAAUGUGCUGUAAGACUUUCUUGCUCAAUAGCAAGGUAGCAGCUCUGCUUUCAUUUUAAGAAAGUGGAGACUGAGGGCAUUGUAUCAAUACUGUUUGAACUCCAAGAACUUUUCCCUAUACAAUUAAUGGGAAAAUCUUGUUAUUGAAUAACCAUUUUCUUAUCCCUUGCUAUUGACUUACUCAUGCUCUUUCUAGCCCUUCUAUGUCUAGUGGCUGAAAAAAAUGUUUGCAUUUGUUCAUUUGACUAAUGGUGUAAUUUUUGUUUUUAUACUGUUAGAUUUGUAAUGUUUUAAAAUGUAUUUUAUAAAACUUGGACUGGGUGUAUGUCUCUAGCAAUACGAGGUACUUUCUAAACUAUUAAGGGAGAGGUGGUAUCCCCAUGUUGAGACAAAAUGAUGGUUGUUUAAAUUUUGCAAUUUUAUUUUGGCUUGCAGGGAUUUUUUUGUGUUUAUGUGUCUACAAAAAUGAAUAAAUCGGUAUUCUUAUGCCAAAUAUUGUCUGGUUGAUUGUCUGACAAAUAUGGAGUAUGUAACAGCAACACACUUGGUUGCUUUUUAAAAACAGUAACUUCCAUUUGAGGACAAAAGAAUUCUGGGAAAACUUUGUGUUUAA